GUCACAACUUGCAAGAUGUUACUCUGUUAUGAUGCCCCAUCAUGCAUCCUGCCUUGAUGUCAGGGCUACCAGGCAAUCUGGCUGGAGUGUAGACUUCCCUUAUGGGACACUGGACCAGGGGAGAAGCAAUCUUCAUGCAGUCUCAUUAGAUGAUGCAGAGCGUCUCUGGCCUAAGGAACUCAUUGCCACUGGAAACAGCCAGACUUCAAAACCGGGACGCAACAUUCCUCGGAGACACACAGUAGGUGGCCCUCGCAGUUCCCAAGAAAUCCUGGGGAUGCAGACCUCCGAUAUGGACAAAAAGAGAGAAGCUUUUCUUGAACAUCUCAAGCAGAAAUAUCCCCAUCAUGCUACUGCAAUCAUGGGACACCAAGAAAGGCUGAGAGAUCAGACAAGGAGCCCAAAGCUUUCUCAAAGCCCACAGCCCAACUUGAAAGAUCAGGCAGAAUAUUUGUCAGAAGCAUCUGCUGACUCUCUAGAAAUCAUGUCUGAAGGAGAGUCCCCUACACCUUUCUCAAGAGGAAGCCGCACGCGAGCGAGUCUGCCAGUAGUGAGGACGACAAACCAGACGAAGGAGAGAUCACUCGGUAUUUUAUAUCUUCAGUACGGAGAUGAAACUAAGCAGUUAAAGAUGCCCAAUGAGAUCACAAGCACAGACACCAUCCGCGCCCUCUUUGUAAGUGCCUUCUCACAGCAGUUGACCAUGAAAAUGCUGGAGUCCCCCAGUGUGGCCAUAUACAUCAAGGAUGAGAGCAGAAAUAUCUAUUACGAAUUAACUGACGUAAGGAACAUUCAAGACAGAUCCUUCCUUAAAGUUUACAACAAAGAUCCGGCACAUGCUUUCAAUCACAUGCCCAGAGCUGUAAAUGGAGACAUAAGGAUGCAGAGAGACAUUUAUCCAAAUGCUUCUCGGCCAGGAUCUGCUACGCAUCCUCCUCAUGCGCUUCCGACCUCCCCGCCUGCUACUCCAGCGCCAUAUUCAAUGCCUCCUUCUCCAUCCAGGAUCCCCUAUGGCACUGUCAGGUCAGUCAGUGGUCCUGGAAAUGCAACGAUUCCCAGGGACCGGAUUUCAACCAUUUCGGCAUCUAGACCCCUCUCGCCAAGCCCUAGUGCCAUUUUGGAAAGACGGGAUGUGAAACCAGAUGAAGAUCUGAGUAACAAAAGCCUUACUCUUUUUCGAAACGAGGGACUCUACGCCGACCCCUACUUGUACCAUGAGGGUCGGAUGAGCAUUGCAGCUUCGCAUACAGGACACCCUCUUGAUGUCCCUGAUCAUGUCAUUGCUUACCACCGUAGCACCAUGAGGUCUUCAAGCACUUACUGUAAUCCUUCUAUGCAGCCUGAAAUUAUGGAGCAAUCGCUGUACCGACAAAAAUCAAGGAAAUACCCUGACAGUCACUUGCCGACUCUGGGCUCCAAAACACCUCCUGCCUCUCCUCACAGAGUAGCUGACAUGCGGAUAUUAGACAUUCACACCCACCACAACACCCAAGUGUCUCCUCACACUCUUCACCUUGACAGGUCAUCUCCUAGUCGCCAGUCCCUUAAGAAAGACCCUGGAACUCCUGUGUAUGUGGAAGGAAAACCCCGAAAUGCAAUGGGGUUGCCUGGCAUGGCUGAAGUAGUCCCAUCAACACCCGACAAGAAAGCUUUUGGCUAUGGAACAGCAGUGAUACCCAAAGAAAGUGAGACAAGAGAGAGGAUGCAAGCCAUGGAGAAACAGAUUGCCAGUUUAACUGGCCUUGUUCAGACUGCGCUUUUAAAAGGGCCAAAUACAAGUAAUAGCAAAGAUGCUUCUAGUGAGAAGAUAGUGAAAACUGUGUCCAGUAAAAACAGCACUGAGAAGUCAGGGUCUGCUCACCUAUCUAGUGGGAAGAAUUCAUUAGCAUCCACCGAACCCACUGCUGCAAACAUCAGUCACUCUGUGCCAGUGGGCUCUACACCCAUGCACACCAGCCUCUUUGACAUGAAGCGCAACGUGACGGAGCUGCGCCUUCAGCUGCACCAGAUGAGACAACUACAGCUGCAGAACCAAGAGAUGCUACGGGCCAUGGUGAAGAAAGCUGAACUGGAGAUCAGUGACAAAGUGAUCGAAAGAGCCAAGAGGCUGGAGGAUCCUGUGCAACGGCAGCGCCACCUGGUGGAGCAAGAGAGGCAGAAAUAUCUUCAUGAAGAGGAAAGGAUUGUCAAGAAGUUGGGAGAGCUCGAAAGUUUUGUUGAAGAACUGAAGAAGGAAUCUAUGACGAAUAGGACAGUUACCUUGAAAGAUGUUGAAGAUGGGGCUUUUCUUCUCCGGCAAGUUGGAGAAGCUGUUGCCACUCUGAAAGGUGACUUUCCAACGUUACAGAAUAAGAUGCGAGCCAUUCUCCGCAUCGAGGUGGAAGCUGUGAGAUUUCUAAAGGAGGAACCCCAUAAACUAGACAUCCUACUGAAAAGGGUCCGCAGCAUGACUGAUACUCUUACCGCCCUCCGGAGACACGUUACAGACAGCCUGCUGAAGGGGGCGGAUCCCUCUCAAGCAGCGCAGUACAGCGCCAUGGAGAAAGCCACAGCCGCCGAGGUUCUGAAGAGCCAAGACACCCCAGGAAACAGCCUCCAUAGCCCCCAGCACAAUGUAGUUGAACCUACCACAGAAUCCCCUGUCAAGUCUGAGAUGAUCCCUGUCUCGACAACAAAAAUCCAUCAUGUGCAAAGCUCUCCAGUGGUAAUCCACCAGUCUCAACAUUCGUCUGCCUUGGUCAGCCAUUCUCAGACUUCUCCUGUGACAAACAGCCACACAGUCAGUUUGCCGGCGUCCAACCAUCCACCGCCCAGUAUGCCAGAGUCUACAGCACCAACCUCACCACAAACGCAGGCACCACACUCGCCCCCUGUAUCGGUCAAUGGCUCCACCAUGCAGAGUCUUUUUAUUGAAGAACUUCAAAGCGCCAGCACCAGGAACAGAGCCCUGUCCAUUGAGAAAGCCGAGAAGAAGUGGGAGGAGAAAAGACAGAACCUGGAUCACUACAAUGGGAAGGAGUUUGAAAAACUUCUGGAAGAAGCACAAGCAAACAUUAUGAAAUCCAUCCCAAACCUCGAGAUGCCGCCACAAGCCGCACAUUCACCAAGAAGUGAUACAAAUGAGAAGUUAGAAGUCAGCGAAGAGACUUUUCAUGCAGAACAGGCCACUGAAAAGCUUGUGAAGUCUCCCCCUCCUCCUCCGCCACGUCGCACCUACCUACUAGGACCUGGACUUAGCACAAAACUUGGGGAAGUCAGCUACGUGGCCCGGAAAGACACCCCUGUGGUCAAGGAAAGCAGUGAAGAUCCAACGCAAGGAGCACAGCCCAAAGUUCCUAAGGAUGAUCAGGUCUCUUCUCAACCCCUGCUGAUGGGCACCAUUCCGCCUGCAAAGGAAGAGGAAGAAGAGGAAGGCGAGAGAAUAAUGGCAGAAUUACAGGCUUUCCAGAAGUGUUCUUACAUGGAUAUAAACUCAAACAGUCAUGUUGAACAGACCAGAAAUGACACACAAACAAAAGAUGCAAGGCCUCUGGCCUUAACACAUCCCAAGGAGAAGAAGGUGUAUGGGGAGGCAUCAAAAGAUAGUGACCACCUCAAGGAGGAGCCAGAAGGGAGAACAGAAGAGAUGGUCUUGGAUACUUGCAGCAUCACUGGAAAUAAAGCUAGCUUUCCAAAGGCUGAAAACUUGACCUUCAGCAAAGAUUUGCUCAUGGACAAUAAGGAUUAUGCCAAGAAAAAUUAUCUUAAGCCAAACACAAGCAUCUCGAGUGUCCAUUUGCUAGACAAUGAACAGAAAAGGGGGUCUGAAGGUUCACCUAUAGAACCUGGAAGGCAAAAACAAAACUAUGGAGUAGCAACUGAGACUGGACAUAGUGUGCCCCAGAAUGAGUUGCUGGAAAACUCAGGGGCACCUCCCGUUAGGGAAAUAGACUUGCAAACUCAGGAGAAUUCGUUAGCUUCUAGAUCAUUGCAGGAGCAAGAAAUAUCUGUUAGUGGCCACAGUCAUGUAGUACUAAGGCAUAAAAUGUCUAGGAACAUUACCUUAAAUAGCAUUGAUGAGGUAGAGUCUCCUGCUAGCUCUCCAGGUGAAGAAAGCCCACCCUCGGAGAACAUUGCUUUCAUGAUUACCAAAACGGCAGUCCAGGUGCUAUCAAGCGGAGAAGUCCAUGAUAUAGUAAACAAGAAGGGAGAUGAUGUGCAGACGGUUAACAUAGAUUCCAAAAAGGAAAGGGCAUCCCAACAUGAUGUGCCAGAGAAUCCUGAAACUGAAGACUCCGUUGUUUGCUUGGACAAAAAGCCAGUCAUCAUCAUUUUUGACGAACCGAUGGAUAUCAGAGCAGCUUAUAAAAGACUUUCGACAAUAUUUGAAGAAUGUGAUGAGGAACUGGAGAAAAUGAUGGAGGAGAAGAUAGAAGAAGAAGAGGAGGAGGAAGAAGAAGAAAACGAAGGCUCUGACCCAUGUGAUGCCCAGGCAUAUGCAGUUACCCAGACAGAGAGUAGUCAGAGGCAAUCCCAUGAUUAUUUAGCAAAUCACAGAUUUGAGCAGCAAUAUGGACUUCGGCCUUUGUCUCAUUUGCCAACUCAGCCCAAACUCCUUGAAGAACAAGAAACUGAUAAGCCCGAUGGCAGGAAAUCUAGUCAAAUUUGUGGGCCGCAUCCAGAAACAAAGCUGGAGGCUGCAGACGCUAAAAAGAGAUUUAAGUUUAAAUUCCCCAAAAAGCAGCUGGCUGCUCUUACUCAGGCAAUCCGCACAGGAACCAAAACUGGCAAGAAAACUUUGCAGGUUGUGGUGUAUGAAGAGGAGGAGGAAGAUGGCACUCUCAAACAGCACAAAGAGGCCCAAAGGUUUGAAAUUCCCAGUUCUCAGCCUGACAGCCUUUCUGGGAAGCAAGAUGCAGAUGCUGCAGCCCAAAUAUCAAGGACUGAUGAAAUUAGAAAAAACACUUAUAGAACUCUGGACAGUCUGGAACAGACUAUUAAGCAGCUGGAGAGCACCAUUAGUGAGAUGAGUCCAAAAUCGGUUUCCGAAACCACAUGCCGAUCAGGUGGAGGCCCUGUCCCAUGCCUUUUCCCAACCAAAGAACCCAUAGUGCUGGAAGAGAAUAAUGCUGAUAUAGAAUCCCCUUCACCAAUACCAUCAACUUCACGUAAGGGUUCAGCCAGCAGUUCACAGACAAGCAGAAUGCCAGUCCCGGCAGCCACAAAAAGUAGGCCACCAGGAAAUGUUGAGAAACCAAGCAAACCACACAAACUACAGGACCAGCGGCAGUACAGACAGGCUAAUGGAAGUGCUAAGAAAGCUGGUGGGGACUAUAAGGCUACUUCCCCUACCCUACCUGCUUCAAAAAUUCCAGCCUUUUCUUCCACUUCUGGGAAAAGUAGCUCUGUAUCUAGUGGCGAUAGCACUAACCUUCUGAGCCCACCUACUAAAACCUCUGUUCCUCCUUCUAACCCUCUCAGUCCUUCAACAGGUCGUAGCACUCACUCUGCUUCCUUAAUCCCAUCCGUCUCUAAUGGCUCCUUAAAGCUCCAGAAUUCUACUCACACAGGUAAAAGUCACCAUCUUUCAUUCUCAAUACAGACUCAAAAUGGCCGGCCAACCCCUCUUCCUCCAUCUUCCUUUUCCUCCUCCUCCUCUCCUUCUUCCACCUCUCCCACCUCACUGAAUCAAGGUAUGAAGAGCAUCCGGUCAAUCCACACACCCAGCUUCACCAGCUACAAGUCACAGAAUGGAGGUGUCACCAAGCCCAAUCCAUCUUCCACCACCACCACCACCACCACCACCAAGGAGCCAUCUUAAAAAGCUUUAUGCUGGCCUUCACCAAAGGCUUCCCAGUUUCUGAGGAGAUUGCAACCGAUGUCACAGCUGAGGAAUGUAUACCAUUUUUGCUGUAUCAUUUGAAGCUUAAUAAUAAAUUUGUGCUAAAUAUUGGAUAGGUAUUAGAAAUUAGAGACACAAGUAGUUUUGUAAGCAUUCAUUGCUGUUAAAAUGCCAGAGUGGGGUUUCCUGUCCCCUCCCAUCCUUUAGCUAGAAACGGUUAUGAACAGAACAGCAGGGUGUGAAUGAAUUAAAAGUAUGUGUGCACAAGAAAUGUAUCAAGCAUGAAAAGAAAUGUAUUAUUAAAAAGUAACUUGUUUUGUAUAAAGCUAUUUUUAAGUACCAGAACUAAACAUCGUGCGAUAUAAUGCAAAAUUAUAAAAACUGAAACUAAAAUAUUUUUCUUUUAUUUAGUGUUAUUCAGAUUUGUUACAGAUUUCUAUUUUUGUCAACAAAACUUCAUGGUUACUUUCAAAAAUCUUUUUUGCCAAACAUUUGAUACUAUAAUGAACAUUUGAUAAGUAGUAUGCUGGACACUUCCUGUACACAAGAAACAGAGAUGAGACGGACAAUUGAUGUGUACGAGACAACUGCACUGCCAUUCAGAUUAUAUUUAAUAAUUUGCAAUGACAUGGGGGGGGGGGAGAUAAAUUGUUUUCACAUUUAGGCAUUUGCUGAUUGUUUUAGCUUCCUUCGUUUUUCCUUCUACUGAGACCUGGGUAAAUCAUGUUGUACUUCAAUGUGGAUUUUAAAAAAAAGGUGUACACUUCUGUACUGUUCUAUAUAAUGGAAAACCUUUGUAAAUAUAAUAUAUAUAUAUAUAUAAAUAUAUAAAUAAAUAAAUACUGUAUGUGGCUGGGCACAUAGAGUAGUUUUCAACACCAAAGGUCCCUUUUAUGCAUGGUUUGAAAAUAUGAUUUGGGAGAUCAACAUGAUAAAUUUGGGGGUGGAAGUAAUGCAGAAGGAGUCAGAAUCAUCACAUUUGCAAAGUUAGAGUGUUCUUUUGUAAAUAUCUUAUUUGUACAACUCCAUGAUAUAAUAUACAGGAGCAAAAGGAAAAAAAAACACACCUUCGCAAAAAUAAAGGGCUGCAUGCUUAUA